UGACGACCGUUUCGUCGUAUGAUUUGAAAUUUAUUCGACUUUAGUACAAAUUCGUUAUCCCUUGAGGAAGGAUGCAAGCGUAUCGUUUUCGUUGUCUUUAAUCGAAUUGGUUGGGCUUUUUUUUUAAAUUCAAUAACGAGUGCGGCACCUGACAUCUUGAAGCUUGAUAUUCUUGUAUGUGUAACUUUUGAUUUUACAAACGUUUCGCGCACGGUUAAAACAUUAUAAUGUGUAGCUGCUGUUUCUUACGAGUGAAUCUGCAGAAGCGCUGUUAUCCAUAAAAAAUGGUGGAUAUCCAGCAGUGGAUGAAAUCAAAACUGAGUUAAUCGAAGAAGAUGCGAUGGAUGUAGAUGAGCAUUCUGUUACUAAUCAUUCAGUGGAUCCAGAGCCACUGAUGGAUGCAGAAGAAGCAGAGCCAAUACCAGAGUUGGGACCUGCGGCUCUGGGUUUGCAAAGAGUAGGCACCCAACCACCUGCCAAACCAAAUCCUCCAACACAACCAGUACAAGUCUUAAACCGUAGAGGAAUGCCAGCUAGAAUUAGAAAAAAAAAUAAGUUAUUUUAUGAUGACGUCUUGAUUAACCAUCCUCAUCACAGAAUUAAGAAGGAUCCAUUAAGCGCAGAUGCCAAACAGUCUCCCAGAAAGAUACUUCGACCAUCUCCAGCCAAAAAGCAGAACAAAAUAUUGAAUGAGUCGAAAAAAAACUUAAGCAUGUCUUCACAUUCUACUCCUACAACUACACCAAUUAAGCAAGAGAGGGAAAAUGAUAAACCAUUGCCACCUUCGUCCCCAGAUCGUAAGAUUGGACAAAAGAUUGGCAUGAGAUUGAGAAAUUUGUUGAAACUACCAAAGGCACACAAAUGGGUCUGUUAUGAGUGGUUUUACAGCAAUAUUGACAAGAUAUUGUUUGAGGGCGACAACGACUUUAUGAUAUGCUUGAAAGAAUCAUUCCCGCAACUGAAAACUCGCAAGCUCACUCGUGUCGAAUGGUGCAAGAUCAGGAGGAUGAUGGGCAAACCGCGACGUUGCUCGCAAUCUUUCUUUGAAGAAGAGAGACGUGAGCUAGAGAGGAAAAGACAGAAGAUACGAAUGUUACAGCAGAGGAAAGCAGCAGACAUAAACAGUUUCAAGGAUUUGCCACCUGAAAUACCAUUGCAAUUAGUAAUUGGUACAAAAGUAACAGCGAGAUUGAGAAAGCCGCAAGAUGGUCUAUUCACCGGGAGCAUCGAUGCCGUCGAUACUAGCAAUAAUACUUACAGAAUCACGUUUGAGAGAGCUGGACUCGGGACACAUAGCGUACCCGAUUAUGAAGUUUUGUCAAACGAACCACCGGAAACGAUUAGUGUGGCCUCAUUCGCUCAGAAAUUCAGACCACGACACGUACAAUAUCUAUCUUCACCACCGUAUACAAUGAAAAUGUCGGCGCGAUUAAACGAUCCUUUAAUAUCCAACGCAUCCUUGCCAAAGAAACAUAUCGGGGGUAUGAUAAACGGUUUUCCGAUGAGGUUACUUGAACUCAUGGUAAAGGUAAACAAAAUAUUGACAGCUAAAAAGAUUAGAAUCAAGAAGCUGAAAGAGAUGAAUAGUGAAGCCGAAAAGAGACGUUCCUUUGGAGAGUCACUUCCUGCCGAUUUUGAAAGAAAAUAUGCAGGAAUUAUUGUUGAGCUAGAGAAGAUGAAUGUAGCUCUUCAGGAUUUUCUGAAUGAUGUUCAAGAAUUGUGUCAGGAAAUGGCGCCCGAGCCAAGCGUAGCAGCGAUGUUAGCACCAUCGCAUCUGCGAGAAAAGUGCAGACAAGAAGCAGCGGAUAUGGUCGCUAGAAACAAUAUGCUAAACGACAAAGAACCUGCCAAGAUGAAUCAGUUGGUGGUAGAUUUGACUGCGCUGAUGUUACAAGUCAAGAGCUUAUCAGAUUCCGAUCGGAACGCUUACGAGCUCAAAGUGUUGCAAGGUACCAUGGAGCAGAUCAGAUCGAAACUCAGUCCACAAAAUCAGCAGGUGUUUCAGAAUUGUGUAGAGAUCCACAUGCAACAUAUUCAACUGGGCCUAGGACAGAUGGGUGCUCUAACCCCGUUCAUGGCUCAGAAAGCUUGAAAAAAAAGAAUGAAAGUACCAUCGUAUAAGUAUUUUCACGAAAUGUACAGUGUGUAGCGAACGAAACACAAGAUCACGUGGUCACACGAUUUUUAUAGGAAACGAGAAGCCAGCUUUAUUUUCUCAUCUUGUAUAGGCCAUAAUAUUGUCAUGUGAAUCGCACGUAAUAUAAGAUUUAAGAUUAUAAUGUUAAUUUUGUACAUACAUACAGAAUAUACUGUCAAACUUGUUCUUUAAUUUCAUAACAUACUCACGAGAAUACUUAGAGCAGAUUCAUAUAUUGUUGGACAUAUUAAACAUCUAAGAAUGUUCAUGUUUCAGAUUUUUACAUAAUAAAUGUACAAUUUAAUCAUAGAGAUAAAUAUAAGUGAUAACUGAAUUGAGAACGAUAGUGUGUAUAAUACAUGAAUAAUAAUAAUUAAAUUCCUUAAAAACCUAAAAGAUUUCUAUACUUGUACAUUAGCUUUAUAUAGGGUAAUUUUAUAAGAUUUUAGUGCAAAAGAAAAACAAAAUUUUUUAUGACCUAUAAGAGAAAUUUAUUAGAUUUUUUAUAAUUUGUCUGCACCUAAAAAUCACAUGCGGCUAUCAAAUUUUAUUUUGAUUUGCAACAGAAAAAUUACUAAAUCAUGUUUGAAGCAUAUGUACUAAAUUACAAUUAUCAAAAUUCAACAAGUAUUGACAUGUUAUGAAUAAUAUUUUCGCUCAUAAUGUAUGUCUCCACCGACAGAAAUUUUUAAGUAAUAUUAAUAUUGUUUGAUGUAAUUAUAAACAUUCAUAUUAAUUAGAACUUGUGUAAAAUGAUGUUUUCAUAUACACAAAGAAUUUUAUAUACAAAUAAAUAUAAUAUAUUCUAAAUUUUUUUUUGUAUAAAUGAAUAUUUGAAUGAAUAUCAUCGGUUAAAUAAAAUCGAAUAAACUCGGCAUUAACAAAAAUAUAUGUCGAUGAUUUUAGAGUAUUUUAUAUAUUUAUAUAGUCGAUACAUAAAUCGUACAUACAUGAUUCAAAGUAGGUAUAAUUUUGAUUAAAAACAAUGGAAAAAAUUUCAAAACAAGAAUAAUUUCAUUAAGUGUAACCGCAAUCUCCGUGUAACCGUAAGCAUGUUAACAGUAAAAUAAUUUAUGGAUACCGUUACAAAUUGUAAAAUGAAUCACCUCAUCCUGAAUAAUCAUUCAGGAUUGUGCAACCUAUCACAAUAUAACUACAUAAAUUUUAUUCAAUAUUUAAUAUAA